GUGGUCGCUGGGAAACGAGCCAAGAUGGUGAGCAGCAGCAGCAGCAACAGCAACACCACAUCUGAGUGUGUUUGUGUUUUAUUUUGAUCACUUUAUUACACUCUGGUCAUCACACAGCUUUGCCAUCUCACAUGCAAAUCCUUCACCGCGGAUCUCCACCGAAUCCGACGCAUUUCGUGUUAAUAUGUGAACGCGUUGUGCUUAUUUAUGUGUGAAUGUUACACAACACAGCCCUUAGCGGGAGCAUGGACGGACGCUACGCGGGUUCGGGCUUCACAGAGCGGCGGUCAGCGUCAGGCGAGACCGCGGAUUGGGCCUACAGCAACCCGAGCAGCUCCAGUUACGGUGCGACCCACAUGGAGACGGACCUUCCCCAACGGCAAUCCUACACCUCAAGUCAUACACUCACUACCUACACCACCUCUCAACACCCCACAGGUGUGUCUGGUGUCUUUGAUACUGGUGUGCACACCACAGGAAGCAGCAGUGCUGAAUCAUCAGUCGUGAAUUUCAUCUCUUCCAUUGAAUCCCGAGGCCUUCAGGCUGGACCUGGAGCCACAACUCUACUUCCCCAGUUCAGGACUUCACCAUGGCAGACUGGCACAAAUUCUUCCACAGAGCUCUUUCUUACUGGAGCUCUCCCUGCUUCUGGAACGUUUCCUACCCUAUCAGCUCUUUCUUCCUACCAGCAUUCCAGCACCUUUCCCACUCGGAGUUUUGCCACCACAUCGCCAUUAACUGUACAACACACUACGUUUAGCUCUUCAAAUGGCUUGCUUUCCAAUAAUGACACUCUACUUCAGAUCAAACCUUCUCAUACCACUGUGCCAACAGCUUUUGCCUUUGACCGCCUGGGUGGUGCUUCCCUCGGUUCUAGCCUUCCAAUACAGUCAUCUACAUAUCGUUCAGCCCAGGAGUCUGCGCCACAUCUCCUCCAGCCACAGUUCAGCCUUCUACCCUCUCCCUUAAGUAACUCGCAGCAGAUUAUGCCACCUUAUGGAGCCCCAGUUUUCUCCAGUUCCAUCGAACGAGCACUUCAGCGUGAAUGUAGUGUCAUCAAGCACCAUCAGCGGCCUUCCAGCACCCAGCCAGUCCAGCAGCAGCUGUCUGUCAGUGUGCAGCACUCUUUGCAAGAUUACCUACCUGACAAUGGUGAUGUCUCUUUCCAGGAUCAUUCUCGUCAUACACCUGUUCCAAACAGCCCUAACGGAAUUCCCAAUCAGUCCAUUAAUAGCACUGUUCAGCAAAAGACUCCCACAGUGCAGCUGCAGCAAACACAGACACAUUCCUCAUCUUUGCCCUCUUCAGGGUUUUCCUCCACAUGUGGAAUGAAAGCCAAGGAUGAGUCAAACAAAACAGCAGAUGAUCAUGGUGAGGACUCAGAGUUGCAUGAUCAGGAAGCCUCAUCACCGAUGCAACAGCAUAGGUAUGCUUCCACAGCCCAGAAUCAGAGUUCUGUGAUUGCUAGCCAGUCACAGCUGUACACGUCAGCACAGCUUUCCAGUUUGAUGUCUGUUAGCCCUUCGCAGACACACAUUACAUCUCAAAGUCUCAUGAGCAAUCUCAAUGAACCACAAGCCUUCUCUCCCAAUCAGCCAGAGAAACUACCUUCUAUAUACAAAACAUUGCCAUUGUUGGCUACACAGUCAGAAAAUGAGACGUCCGUUAGCCACUCUCUUAUGUAUGCUUCUGGCCAAAAGCACAUAAUGUCUUCAGCGUCAAACAGAGAGGAGUAUAAUGAGCAGGCACAAAGACUUUGCAUGGGCAGCGCUUCUCACAAUUAUUCUUCCAAUCACUCUCAGAAUUUGUCCACUGUCAGUUAUUAUGCCCAGGUACCAGAAUCUGUUAGUCCCUCUCAGAGUUAUGCAUCAGGUCAGUCUCUCACACCUAGUCCUCCUUUCACUUCCUCCUACAGUCACAGCUUACCAUCCAGUAAUUCCAACCAAGAUUACACCCUAAUGCAGCCUUCUCCAAGCAAGUCCGAUGGCAUGAUGCUGCAGCAGACUCAGAAAUACUUGCUGUCUGGCCAGUCAUCAUCCUCCACACCCACUUAUACACAAGCCAUCCAGAUCAACCUGUCCUCGGAAGAACAAAACCCAGGCUAUGACAAAAAGAAGGAAGAUGAGAGUCUGUUCCUUACAUCCAAAGACAACUGUGGAGAGCUUUCUAUUCACGAUAUGCAGAGAUUACAGCAGGCUUCUAUCCAGAGUUCUGUUAGUAACAGUGUUGUUGGGGUACAGAGCAAUGUAGUAUAUGUUGUUUCAAAAUUGGAAGACCGACAAGCACAUAGUGUGAUCCGAAGCAACUCUCGGUCCGAAGAUCAGUUAAUAGGUCUUGCACCAACGUCAUCCACAAAGGAUGAACGAAUGAGUACUUUAAUUGGGCAGUUGGUAAGCCCUGCCCAUUCUUAUGUAACCUCUGGCACAAAAAACAACUCUUUAUUAGUGCAGUCCUCCCAUGUAGCCUUGAGCACCGACCAACUAAAAGAACACCCUGUGCUUCUCAAAGUUCCCACUGCUCAACAAGUGGACCAGCAAACUCAGAGUAACCACAGAGAUCAGAGGCAGUUGUCAAAGGAACAGGCACAGUUUGUUCAACUACCAAGUGCCCAAGUCCUUCUGGAGCCCUCACAGAUGAUCCUUGUUCAAAAACCUUUGCUCCAUACAAUGUCAAAUCAGUCUAAGCCAGUCCAAAUGCAGCCUAUUUCAGUUCAGUUCCUGCAAAUGAAUAAUGAACUCCUGAAUUCUACAGUCAGUGCGGUUGAGAUCCCACAGAUAACCCACCAAGCUGUGGAGUCCAUGAAGCAACACCUGGUACAAAAAGACAUUUUCAACAGUGUAACAAAUCAGCAUGAUUCUAAGCAGCACUUUACCUUAAGUUCCAUCUGCUUCCCUGAUUCCAUGUUAAUGACAGAUGAGAGGAACAUUCUGUCCAACGUGGAUGACAUCCUAGCAGCCACAGCAGCUGCCUGUGGAGUCACACCUCAGGACUUUAAAACCUCGUCUUCUGAAGUGGACUUGGCAUCGAUAUCCAGUCCUUCAGACUCUAAGUGCCGCUACGAAGUUAAUAACAAGCAUGAAGCUAAUAAUUUCUCUUCACAGCAUUUGAUCUCAAACACGCAGACCAUUACAUCAUCUGUAAAUGGUGUACAGUUGACAACAGACAUUCACAAAGAAGCUGAAGGACACCAAUCAUUCACACCACCAAACUCUCACAUACAGCAAAAUAACUCUCAGCAUGAAAUAUCUGAGAAGGUGACAAAUAAUCACAAGAAAAAUGAAGUAUCACCCAAGGGCCUUACUAGCAAUGGUUCAUAUGUAAAUUCUAAUGGAGGUACUGUAAACACAUUUUCCAACAACCACACCGAUUUUCACCUUACCUCACAGGAAUAUAACAACACUGGGUUUGAAAAAACAGACAUAUCAAAAAAUAAGAUUCAACCGAAAGUAACGAAGAGUGUUAAAAUGGAGGAAAAGUUUGCAGAAUGCUCCUCUGAUAGUCUUUCUAAAAAGCGAGUCAGGUCAAAAGGUUCUUCCAAGCAAGCUACGGAAGAUGCAAAUGGUCAGCCUAAACCUCAAAAAAGAAGUGGCCAAGUAAAGCGACAGAACUCCAAAGGAAGUGAGACAAGUUCAUCCUCAACCUCUGAGGGCUGUAUUGAUGGCUACCAGCAACAGGAAAGAAUACGGCAAAAAAUUAAAGAGGUAGAAGAGAAACAGCCAGAAGUUAAAACUGGGUUCAUUGGAUCUUUCCUGGACUUUCUUAAAUCUGGGCCUAAGCAACAAUUCUCCUCACCACCCAUACGGCCACCCAACCGCGCAAGAAAGUCUUCAGUUCCCAAAAGACCUUUUAACCAAUUGUCAUUGCCCCCUACACCCAUAUCCUCAUCAACAUCAAUGGUUUCACCAGAUAUCAACACUGUUAGCUCUUCUAAGAGACUGGACGAGGACCUCCAGAAGAAUUUGGAGACACUCCCAUCUUUCUCCUCAGAUGAGGAUGAAUCAGUUGGUAAAAACCAAGACCUUCAGAAGAGCAUUAGUUCUGCCCUCUCCUCUCUAGACGAGCCUUUAGACAGGCAACAGUCAGUCAGCAAAGGUUCAGGUGAAGGCACAAAUCAAGAGCAGUCUGCAAAUACAAAGCUAGUCAGCACACAGUCUGAAGAUACAAAGCUUAAGGAGCAGCAAAACCCUGGUCUUGAAGUGCCAGUGGAGGAUCUGGUGAAGAACAUACCUCUUGGCCAACUUGCAGUAUGCCUAAACACAGUAGCUAUUGAAGGCCUCACUGAUGAGGAACUGUCAGACAGUGGCGAGGAGGGAAUGUACCGUGAACGUGACGAGUUUGUGGUGAAAAAUGAGGACAUAGAAAGCCUGCAGGUCACCCUGAAGGCAGGAGUAGAACCUCCAGCCAUUUGGAAGGUACAAAAGGCCUUGCUGCAGAAAUUCAUACCCGAGCUGAGAGAUGGAAAACGAGUGUUUUCAGCUACCAACAGUUAUCUGGGUUACUUUGGAGAUGCUAAGACCAUGUAUCGGAGAGUAUACGUUAAGUUUCUGGACACUGUGAACAAGCGGGAGUAUGUGCGAGUCUGCAACAGAAAACCAAGGUGCAAGCCCAUGCAUUCCAUGAGAGGCUCUCAGAAGGCUCUGCUUGUCCAGAGAGCUGCAGCAUCAGCUGUUUCUGACUCCUCUGUUCUGAAAUCCAGCACAAAACAAAGCCUGUCCAAACCCAGGCCAAAGCAGCCAAAAGCCAAGGCUGAACCACCACCGAAAAAGAGGAAAAAAUGGAAGGAAGAGUUCACAGAAUCUGCACAGUUGGCUUCUUCAGAAGCUGUAGGUGAAGAUGAUGAAUUUAUACCGCAAGUCCCGUUUACUUCUCGCUUCCUCAACACCAGGACAAUGAAGGAGACCUUCAAGAGUUUUGUGGAGCUGCUGAUCAGCCUUGCUCUGGACACGGACAUCAUGAUCACACUGGAGAGGGAGAACGAUGAACUUCUGCUGCCUCAUAUGAAGAAAGUAGACGGUAUGAUCACAGACAACAGAAGGAGGCUGCUGCCCAAACUGCGAGUGGGUCCGGUGUUUAAAAACGCUUUAGACAGCUUUCCUGAGUUGUCAGUGGUGACGGAGCUGAAAACAGACGGAGAGACUCCCACUUUUAAAGUCAGACUGAGUGGGAAGGCGUAUAACAGGAAGACCAUGAAACCAGCCAAAUCUCCUAUUAAACUUCCCUUGGAGUACACAGUGGAGCAGCAGAAAACACAUUGGUUUUCUCUCUAUCAUUCGCUGCAGCACUACAAGUACCACACAUAUCUGAUGUGUAUGGAUGAGAUUCCCAACAGCAAACACAUACAUUUCUAUAAACCCCUGCAUAUCAACUCCAAUCGCUUAACACACACAGUUUUUGGCUCUGGAGAAAACAUCAUAACUGUUCAUAUGACAGGGUAAGGCACGUCAGUAUGUAGGUAUGUUGUAGGAAAUAAAACAUGUACUUGUAUUUUGGUGGUGUUACUCCUUCAGUGAAAGUUUCCAUGUUGUUCCUCUGAUGUAUGUGUGUGAUCUCUUGUGGGGGUUUUUUGUGUAUCAGAUUGCACUGUUGCGCUCACGUGGCAUAGAUGUGGGACAGGAGGAGACUGUUCAGACCUGCAUAGGAAACCGAGUGUGGGUGGAGGGACUCUUUGACCGUUUCGGAGAGCUUCUCACACAGGUCCAGCAGGCCUGCCUUUAACCAGACAGCAGAGCAAUAGAACAUCAAGUCCAUGCAGUUCAAAAGGUCCUUUUUAAAGCACUAACUGACAAGAUGGAGAUAGUAAACCAGCAGAAGAUGAUGAAGCACCAGAAACCUGAGAAUUAUGUCUAAAGCCUGAGAAGAUGAUUAUACAUGAGGAGAGCCACUAAAAGCUAGAGAACCAUCCCGAAAUAGGAAAACUUUAAACUGAGUAAAGACAUGAAAAGAUCCAGAAAAUGGAGAUCCUCAAAGGAUGGAAUAACUCAGAGAGGACGAGGAACCAUGAGUAUAAACGUUAGAAGAUGGAACGUCACAAAAAGAAGCAGGUGCUAAAGCAUUCGAAUGAGAAGCAUUAAACAAGAACAUUUCACACCAUUUGAAAAUGAAAAGAAAAAAUGUGAAAAAAUGCCAGACCACAAUGAGAGUACUAUAAGAUUGUUGAGAAUGGUGAAGCGAUUAUGAAGCAGAUAAGAAGAUUUAAUAUUAUACAAAAAAAAACAGCAGCUGAUUGUCUGUCUGUUCUUGGAACUACAGAUACAAGGGAUUUUAGUCAGUGUUUUUUUUUUUUGUUUUUUUUUUUUUUGUUUUUUUUAAAUUACAUUUUAAGCUUUUUAUUAUUAUCUAAUCAGCCAGACUGAACAAACAUGACAAGUCUUGGUUAUGAAUGUGUGGAAUAGGUCGAUUUACCUUGAGAUUUAGCAACACUAAUUUUUAAUAAGAACAACAUUUUGAGAUUGGAGAAAGAGGGUUUGCUAACGAUUGUAUAAAUAUAUAAAUACAUAGAUAUAUAUGUAAAAAAUUUCUAUAUGAUAUUGUACAUUUUGUAAAAAGAGCUCUUUGGAUGGAUUUCACUCUUUUUAAACUCCUUUAAUAUGACAGAGGUUAUAAAGAUGGAGUUGGUGCAAUUCUUAUACUUCUUCUGUGAUGAUGUAAUAAACAGCAUCAGAACUAUUUUCUUGCAGGAACUAUAUUUGAUAGUCUCUCAAAACCCUUUAUCUUAAACAUAAAUGUAUUUUUUUCCACAAAGGAAAUAUUGCUUUCCUGAUCGACUUUGCGGUACACUCUGUUUUAUAUAAAAAAAAAAAAAAGCUUCCCAGUGUGUUUCUAUGGCAAAUUUCUAUCCUUGACUUAAGUGUGUCUUAAGAUCACUUCUUUACUGUAGAAAAUUACAUUUGCCGCAGUUUUGCACAGAUUUGAUGCUUUGGCUGUUCAAGUGUAGCUGUGAUACAAACUUCGAGGAUUUUUUUUUUUUUUGAUAUGCGAAAAAAUAAAUUUCCUACCAUUAAAUCCA